AUGGCCGCAGCGCUGGCCCUGCGGGUGGUCGCGGGGCUGGCGGCCGCGGCGGUGGCGGCCCUGCUGCUGGAGCACUACGGCCUGGCCGGGCCGCCGUCGCCGCUGCCCCGGCCCCGCGCCCCCCGGAGGCCGCACCCCGCGCCGGGCCCCGGAGACAGCAACAUCUUCUGGGGCCUGCAGAUUUCCGACAUUCACGUGAGCAGGUAUCGCGAUCCAGGCAGAGCGGUAGACUUAGAGAAGUUCUGUUCUGAGACUAUUGACAUCAUUCAACCAGCUCUCGUCCUAGCCACAGGAGACCUGACAGACGCCAAAACCAAGGAACAGUUGGGAUCUAGGCAGCAGGAGAUAGAAUGGCAGACUUACCAGGAUAUUCUGAAGAAGACAAAGGUGUUGGAAAAAACCAAGUGGCUGGAUGUCAAAGGAAACCAUGAUGCAUACAACCUUCCAAGUCUCAACAGUGUCCAGAAUUAUUACAGGAAAUAUUCUGCUGUACGUAGGGAUGGCUCUUUCCAUUAUGUCCACAGUACUCCCUUUGGCAACUAUUCUUUCAUCUAUGUGGACGCCACCCAAGAUCCAGGGCCUAAGAGACCCUAUAAUUUCUUUGGGAUUUUAGAUCAGAAGCGGAUGGAGGAGCUCUUAUUACUGUCCAAGGAAAGUAGUCAGAGCAACCACACUAUUUGGUUUGGACACUUUACAACAUCCACUAUCCUUUCUCCAUCACCAGGAAUCCGGUCAAUAAUGAGUUCAGCCACGGCUUAUUUCUGUGGGCACCUCCAUACGCUUGGUGGACUGAUGCCUGUUUUGCACACUCGUCACUCCCAAGGCACUUUGGAACUUGAGGUGGGAGACUGGAAGGAUAACAGAAGGUACCGGAUCUUUGCUUUUGAUCAUGACCUCUUCAGCUUUGCAGAUUUGUCUUUUGACAAGUGGCCUGUGGUUCUCAUCACCAAUCCUAAACCACUGCUCUAUACUUGUGCUAAACAUGAACCACUAGAAAGACUCCUUCACUCAACACACAUCAGAGUCUUGGCCUUUUCCUUAUCCUCCAUUACUUCUGUCACAGUUAAGAUUGAUGGAGUUCAUUUAGGGCAAGCUAUUCACUUGUCUGGGCCUAUUUUCAUAUUGAAGUGGAACCCCCAAAACUACAGUAAUGGGACACAUAACAUAGAAGUGACUGUCCAGGAUUCUGCUGGAAGAAGUAAGAAUGUUCACCACACAUUUUCUAUUCAAGAAAAUAUUCAUCUCACGUUUGAUCCCCUGGCAUCCUUUAUUCUCCUUACUGAGCACUGCACUGUGGUGCGGAUCUGUUUUGUGAUGAUUGUGCUGAUCCAGCUUGCUAUUCUCAUUACUUUUAGGUAUCUAGGAUACCCAAAGCUUAAAGAGCCUCCAGGAUGUAUAAAUCUGACAUCAUUUUCCCUUCAUAUCUUGAGCAAAAUAAACAUCUUCUACUAUUCUAUGUUGUUGCUGACUGUAUAUACAGUGUUGGGGCCUUGGUUUUGUGGUGAAAUCACUGAUGGCAAUUUGGGUUGCUGCUUUUCCUUUGGGACCUUUGUUAGUGGACAUUUCCUACAAGGCAGCGUAACGUUUCUGUUUGGAAUUCUCCAGCUGGUGUUCUUUAACAUCCCCCUGAUGGCCUACCUGUGUUGGAGCUUGCUGCAGCGCUGCUUUGGGCACAACUUCAGGUCCCAUCUCCACCAAGGAAAACACUGGAAAAUCAUGCCUGUGCACCUGCUUAUGUUCCUGCUGUACGUCUGGCAGCUUUAUUCCUGCUACUUUCUUCACGUGACUCACGGCACUCUAGCUCUUUUAUUCUCCCCUCUGCGGACCUGGUUGUCACUGCUGACACCUCUUCUCGUUCGUUAUGUGUGGAAACUGAACUCCACUGAAUUUGGAACCUUCAUGGUGCAUUUUAAAAGCCACCUGAGCUCCUGAGGGCCAUGUCUUGCCACUGGCAGCCGGCUGGAAGUCCAGCGUCUGCACCUGUAGCCAGGCCCCCGCUCCAGUAGCAGGUGGAGGGCCAGCACUGCUGUGUGAGCCUCAGGGAGCUGCUGCUCUUUGGACACUUGGAUGUUGCAGGGAUUAUCCACUGUUGAUUCCUACAGAACGGACUGCAGAAAAGUCUCUAAAUAAUGACUUGAUUCCUUCCUUCCCUGGGGAGGCAAAGGAUUGAUUUAUCUUUGUGAAGGGAAAAUCCUAAUCUGGGAGCUCCACAGGGCAGGGGCUGGGUGUGUGAGUGGGAGCAUCUGAGGUCCCUUGUGUUUUUAGGGUUAUCCCAUGUAAAGCACCUAGCACCACUGCCUGGACCUCAGCAGCUGUCAAAGGUGCUAUUAGGGGCAGGGAAACUGUGGACUUUGGCCCAACUCUGACUACCAUUAAGAAAUUAGUUCCCAGUCCUGUUUGACCACCGGGUUAUGAGCUUUUGGCCCUAAUUGGGGAUGCUUUCAAUUAAUUGACUUAAUGAAUGAAUAAAUACCACGAGGGCAGGCAUUUGGCCUAGUGGUUAAGGCACCAGUUGAAACAGCCCUGGCUGUGCCCCCUCUGGAGUCCAGCUUCUUGAUAAUGCACACCCUGGGAGUCAGGGAGUGAUGGCUCAAAUGGUAGGCCCCCUGCCACCCACGUGGAAGACCCCGAUUGAGUUCCCUGCUGCUGGCUUGUGGGUUUUGGGGAGUGAAUCAAUGGAUGGGAGCAUGCUCCCACUGUGUCCCUCUCUGUCCCACUGUCAGCCUCAAAUAAAGAAAUAAAAAUUUAAA